UCCAUUAAUGCUGUCAAACAUUGCAGGUGAAGCGAUUAUUAACUGUUGGUCAAUAAGGAACAUUCUUCAGAGAGACAGCAAAGAUGUUGAACAGAUCCCGAUUAAUCAAACAGUUUAUCAAACAUUUCGGGGCAACUCAUUAGCCGGAAAACGUCUUCAUAACGAUGUGAUAGAUCCUGAUAAAGUUUUGAAAGGAUUUCAAUGGCGAUCGAGACCCCAUGUGUUUAGUCCUAAAUUGUGUAACGCAACAACGCUUCCACUAUACUUUUAUUUGGGAUAUCAAAUUCUGCAGGAACAACAUCUGAUGAAACAGUGUGGCCAUGUCCUUCUUUUCGAGGCAUUGAAAGCAAACCGAUGUGAUUAUGUGAGUGUUUUGUUCGACCGAGGUGUUGAAUUACCAAAUGAUUAUCUAACUGAUUUGUACUUGGAGACUUACAAACGGCACGACUGUGAGUUUGGUAAAAAGAACUUGUUACAUCUACAGUGGAUUUUAAAGCAAAUCCCAGAAGCAAAAUAUCUUUGUCAGAAUUUGAAGAUACAUAUGACACAGAACGAGAACAAAAAUAAACAACAGCCAAAAAAAGAAUAUGGAGAAAAAUACUCCGUUGAACUUGAUGCAAGAGCUGUUUGUCGUAAAAUUUUACAAUAUCAAGAUUGUACGAAAUCAAGGAAAGAUGAAAGUACAGCCAAUGUUCUUCUGUGGGCUAUCUUUGUCAAUAGAAAAGAAUUGGCCGAAAUCUGUUGGCUGAGAAGCAAGGACCAUCUAUUGACUGGCUUAGUAUGCUCGGUUAUUCUCGAUGAACUUUCAAAGAAAGCAUCCUCCUUAAGAGAACAGACCUUUUCAAACGAGCUUAAGGAGCAUUCAAGAAUUUUUGAACAACGAUGCAUUAACAUGAUGGACAGCAUGUACGAGGAAAAUACAAAUCUAGCCAUCGGUUUGAUGGACACCGAAGCUAACAUAUGGGGCAUCGAUUCGAGCCCAUUGACAUUUGCCUACGAACAUUUCAUGUAUGAUGUAGUAGCUCACACAUGUUCCCAAAAAUAUAUGAGUAGCAAAUGGUACAUCGUGCCGCCUGACCUUAAUAAUGUUCUCAAGAUUUCAUUAUCGAAACCGACAAAGGUUCUCAAAGCACCAAGUACAAAAUUCGCAAUCAACUACAUGAUGUUCUUCGUAGUCUUGGUCAUGUAUAGCAUCUUUGUACUGACGAGUGUAGGCAACAAAUACUAUACCAGGACUUGUUCUCAAGUGUUUGAAUAUUGCGUGUACAUAUGGGGCGCUGGAGAUCUAAUUGAAGAAUUCGUUGGUCAUUUGCGCUGCCUGGAGACAAAAGGAAGGUCUAAAAGAUCCUUAUCAUCCCGUAUCUGCAGAUAUUUGGAUUUUUGGAAUGUGGUGGAUCUGCUGUCAUAUGUCUUUCUUGCAAUGGCGCUUUGUUUUCGACAUUUUUAUGGGGACGAGACGCAUUCUUUUGCUAGAAAUAUGUUUGCUGUCUCUCUACUUCUUAUGUAUUUCAGAUUCUUAGAAGUAUUUCUAAUUAACGAAAUGAUAGGACCCACACUCAUUAUGAUGAAAGAGAUGCUAAAAGAUUUGAAAAACGUCUUUAUAAUAGCCCUCUUUGUGGUAAUAGGAGUUGGAAUUUAUUAUCAUGCUAAUUUAUGGCCCGACCACCAGACAAUAUUAAAAGGCAAUUGGAAAAAUUGGAGGAUUUGGACCAUCAUAUACUAUCCUUAUUGGCAACUUUACGGGGAACUCAAUCUUGACCAUCUUGACGGUAGAGAACCAUCAGACUGCAGCAAUGAUACAUUGGAAUGGGAGACUGAUACAUCGAUAGAGCGAUGUCCAAGAAAAGACGUGACGGUUCCUUUCAUCGCUGCAAUCUACAUGUUGCUUUCUAAUCUGUUGCUGGUAAACCUUGUUAUUGCAAAGUUUAGCUACACUUUUGAAAGAGUACAGACAGAUUCGGGAAAACAUUGGCACUUUCAGUAUUACACAGCGCUUAAUGACUACCAGCGUCGGAUCCCAUCCCCUUUAUCCAUUUUUAUACGUUUUGAACAGUUAUUUCGGUGGUUGAAAGGUAGAGCCGUUAAGUACGGGAAACAGAUUCUUCAAAUCAAUUAUGUGAAGUCAUAA